AUGGAGGCGGCAGCUGAAGGCUGGGGCGCUGAGGCAAGAAGGGGCGUCACUGGUAAGGGCGCUGGCACAGGCGCCGUGGAAGCAGGUGUAGGUGGGGGUGCCACGGGCAUCGUGGAGGCGAGUGUAAGUAGGGCGUUGUGGGCGCAAAUGCUGUGGAGGCGGGCGCAUAAAGGUGGGCGUAGGCAAAGGUGCGUAGAGGUGGGCGCAGGCAAGGACGAGGGCGCCCAAGAAAGCGUGGGCACAUGGGCAGGCGCAGACGCUGGGGAUGGCACGGGUGCCAGGGAGUAG